UGAGCGAAGAGGACGAAGAAGAAAAGCUCCAAGUGCAGAGUGUGCAGACUGACAGACCAGCAGAACGCAGCGCAGCCCUCGCCUGGCCUCCGCAGCACCAGCAGAAGCGUCGAGCGCCGAGAGCUCCAAAAAGUUCCACGCUCUUCUCUCGUGCACUUGCCCUUUCUCUCUCGAGCCACUUCGAGCGCAGGUCGUGAGCGAGAGGAGAGUUGAGCGAGUGGAGUAAUUCAGACGGGCAGAUCGGAGCUCGAGCCAGCCUUCGUGCGAGAGUGAGUGCGAGGGAAAGGGAGAGAGACAGAGCGUGGCAUAGAAUAGUCGGCUCACACAGAAAAGGCAUCAUGUCAGAAGGCAAGCUGUACACGUUGGCUGAGGUUUCUGAGCACAACAACAACAAAGAUUGUUGGCUCGUGAUUGAUGGAAAGGUCUAUGACGUCACGAAGUUUUUAGAGGAGCAUCCCGGAGGUGAUGAAGUGCUUCUAUCAGCCACAGGUAAAGACGCCACAGAUGACUUUGAAGACGUAGGGCAUAGUACUAGCGCACGCGGUAUGAUGGAAGAGUACUACGUUGGAGAAGUAGACAAGGCAUCAUUUCCAUCGAAGCCCACCUACCAUGCAGCGAAGUCGCCACCAUACAACCACGACAAAACUAACGAGUUCCUCAUCAAGAUUUUGCAAUUUGUAGUGCCAAUGGCUAUCCUGGCUCUGGCCGUAGCUGUCCGUUUUUUGACGAAGAAAGAAGAGUGAAUCCGACGGUUUGUUAUGGUAUGCAUAGAUCUUAUUACUAUCCUUCAGCAGCAACAAAAGUGGACACGUUUCGUGCUCCGUGUUACAACUGUCGGUCCUUUCAUUCUUGAGUGUGUCAUCAAAAUGAGGAAGUGGUCGAGGAAGCCAUCCAUCACGAGUUGCACGAGCUGUAGUUAACUCGUGCAGUAGACUGCAAUAACUGUGAUCAAUGUAGGAGUUAAAGCUAUGUGGGCAAGGCUACCCGUUCUAUAGGACCUGUAGAGGCACACCAAUUUCGCAGCACGCUUUUCAUUCUCUAUCUUGUAUAGACAUGCAUUAUGUCUGAUAUAGCCAUAUGAAUAUUCAACGACAAUAUCUGUCAGCAUGAAGAUAGUUCGACUGAUUGUUCUUCUGAUGUAAAUUGGGACUUUCAUUCCACUUCAAAGAGGUCGCUUAGUCGACAAUGAGGAUGCU